AUGCCCUACCGCCCUUCAAACGCCCGUCAAAGCCGCGACUCGUCCGCCUACGACCUCCAGACCCGCUACGCCAACACACUCGACUAUCACUCCCCUUCGUCUCCCCCACCUCCUCCUCGUUCUCCUUCUUCUUCCCACCCGGCUUUUCUGCGCGACCAACAGUCGCAUGCGCGGUAUUCAUCUGCAGACCUCUACGCCCUCGAUCACGGGACGGGAAGGGCAGAAGAAGGGAUGUUGAUGCGCGAGGAAGAGCGCGGAGGAACGCACAGUAGCGAUGAGGAGGAAGAUGGGGCGGGCUUUGCGUCGUAUGGGGACUUUGAGGCGGCGGGCAAGAGGAAGAGCUCGGUGCACUUGGGCGGGCAGAGGCAGAGCUUUAGGCCGGGGAUGGUAUCCCACCCCUCCGGCUUCUCAACCCGCUCCACCUUUGACUCAACCUACCCCAAACCCCCGGCCUCAGCAUCCACCUCGAAAUUCCCUACCACGCCCGCCUCUGAACUCGUCGACGCGCCUAUCCUCUCCCGCGCAGACUGGACGCCCGGCGAAGCGAUGCGUGAGAAGGAUGCGAGAGACGCGGAGAAGAAGAGGGAGAAGAGGGAGAGGGUCGUGGGGGAUGUGAAGGCUGCGGGAAGGGGCGUGGGUGGGUGGGUGAGGAGGAACUGGAAGUGGCUUGUGCCGCUGGUCGUCUUCCUUGGCGUUGCCGCCAUCCUCCUCUGCUACUUCCUCAUCCCACGCACUCCCACAAUCACCUUCAACUCGCCCAAGAUUCCCGACCCGGCACUCACGUCGGACGACCCGUCGCCUUACGUCUCGUCUGCAGAUCCGACUGGAUUCAGCUUUGGUGCGAAUUUGACGCUGGCGAUCGACUCCUCCGCCUCGUACCUUCCCGUCCACUACCGCUCCUUCGCCAUCACCGUCCGCCUGCAAGAGACCGACGGGAUCGUCGCGACGCAGAAGUGGGACGCGGGGGAGAUCAAGGUCCAGCCGAAGAGGGUGACGAGUUAUCAGUUCCCGAUCCAGUUCUACGGCAACUACUCGAGCUCGAGCAACCCAACCUACCAAAUUAUGCGCUCCUCCUGCGCGCACCUCUACCCCACGACUGACCGCGCCCCACUGAACUUGACCGUCACCGUCUCGAGCGAGAUCACGGGCGUUGUUGGCACGAAGGAGAGGACCGCGAGGUUGGAUGCGGUCGAGUGUCCGGUACAGUGGAGUGGGACGGCGGCGUGA